AUGAUUACUCGAUUCUCAAUCGUCACAUUGAUAAUUUUCAUCCUCUCCAUAACAUUUGUGAUAUACCCCGUCUCGUUCACUCUUCGUAUACCUUAUCUUGGUCGGAAAAAAAUCCCCAUAAAUCUUGCGACUGCGCCUAUACUUGCUAUCGCAAUCCUAUGGGCCUCUCAAUGUCUAGGUGCAACACAGAUUCGUGACGGAAUCGUUGGAACUGAUGGCGUUAAACCGUACAACAUCCUUAUUCUGUUCUUCACCCUUGCUUACAUGGCCAUUACGCUCGACAUAUCAGGACUCCUUCAAGCAGCUGCCUUUUGGGUCAGUAACCAAGGAGGGUCCAGCGGCUGGAAACUCUUUUUUUACUUCUACGUAAUGCUCACGCUUACGAGCGGUAUCGUCGGCAACGACCCCGUCAUCCUCUCCGGCACCGUCUUCUUGGUAUAUUACACGAAAGUUACCGGACUGGAGCCUAUGCCAUGGCUCAUCUCUGAAUUCGCUGCAGCAAAUACGGCAAGCAUGAUCCUAUUUGUCGGUAACCCAACCAACGUCGUCAUAUGCGAGGGCUUCAAUAUCAUCAACGCAGCCUUCACAGCCUAUACCAUACUGCCGUUCUUGGGCUGCAGUGUCUUCUGCUUCAUCGCCUUGGCGUUCCAGUUCAGGGACUCCAGGCACAUUCCACGAAAAUUGUCUCAUGUCGGCCACCUUAAUGUUCGCGGGGUUUUGCGUGACCCCUUUGGGGCCCUCGCGGGGAGUUUGAUCUUAGGAUCAUGCCUUAUUGUCAUCAUUAUCGUCAGUUUCUUCCAUAUCGACGUAUGGAAAAUCAGUCUCCCAUUCGCAUGCGCCAAACUUAUAUUCGACUUUGUAUGGGAUCAUAUACGGUUUGUUAGAAAGCACAGGGGUUCUGGAGACAAAUCAGGAUCAUCAGAUGAACCUCCGGUGGAGGGCGCUGACGCUGACCCGAUGUUGUCGGAACUUAGGCGCGCUAUGUCAAUGUCCAGCGAACCUGGAAAUAGCGAACGUGAUUCUACAUCCGCUUCUGGAGAUCCCACUUUGGUAAAUAGCACAAACUUGGAUCAUAGCCGCAGGGAAGAUACCAUUCCAUCGUCCGCGUCAUGUCUCAAGACCCAAAAUACCCUUGACCCGAAGCUCGAGGAGUCCCAGCCGCAGCUAUUCGCCAGUCAACGACUCCAUUUCCACGCCACUCAUCGAAGACUCGCGACACACUUCCCUACUUUCUUCACAGCCCUACCGCGUUUACCUUUUGGACUCGUCCCUUUCGCCUUUUCCCAAUUCAUCCUUAUUGAGGCCCUGCAGCAUCAGGGCUGGAUAGAAGUCUUCGCAAAUUGGCUCGUUCGCGCCUCUCAUCGUUCCGUCCAUUCCUCCAUCUGGCUGGUUGGUGUCCUUGGGGUUGUGUUAUGCAAUUGUGCAGGGACAAACAUUGGGGCAACCAUCCUUCUAACGAAGGUCGUUCGUGCGGCGAACUUCCCUCCAGACAGUACUCGUGCUGCGGGCAUCGCCUUAGCAGUUGCCAGCAAUAUUGGCGCAGUCAGCUUCACGUUUUCUGCGAGCCUGGCUGGUUUGUUGUGGACGACAAUAUUAAGCCAAAAGGAUAUUCACAUCAAGCAAAGAGAAUUCGCCUUUUGGAAUUUGCUCCCUAUUUUAGUCAUGACGGCAGUAGGAUUGGGAAUUGUCUCUGCCGAGAUGGCCGUUUUGUAUUAA